CCUGGGGCCCAUCUGCCCAGUCCUGCUCCCGCUUCAGGAGGAGUUGGAGCUGGCCUGGCCCCAACCUUAUGCCCUCACCGAGUGAGCUGCUUACCCACCGUCAGUCCCCCCUCCUGCCCAUGCCUGCUGCCAUGAGGGUGACCCUGUUUCUCCUCCUCCUUGGGGGCAUCUGGACUCAAGAGGUGAUUCCAGAUCCUCAGGACAUCACAGCCACUUCAGAGAAGCCUGUACCGGGAGGGUCCUCUGUUUCUCUGGCCUCAACUUUCUCUGAGGCCGAGAACCUCGACUUAGCAACCCCCAACCCUGUGACAACAAAGGUCCCUGAGGAGGGCAACAGCACCAUGCACCAGGUCUCCCCACCUUCCUCAGACCUCCGUACAACCAAUGAGAUGUCCUUUCCUGAGGCUUCCACUGCUGCCACCAGUGACCCCACCUCGGAGUCAACAAGCCUGGAAAUUAAUGCGACCGGUAACCCUGCUGAAACACCAAGAAACUCUCUGGCACUCCACGUUGUGACUGAUGGAACCGUGACACCUGGCUCUCUGGAGACCUCUGACAGAGCUGGUGGACCCCCUGUCACCAUGGCAACUGGCACUCUGGAGACCUCUGACGGAGCCGGUGGACCCCCUGUCACCAUGGCAACCGGCACUCUGGAGACCUUUGAUGUAACCAGUGGACCCCCUGUCACCAUGGCAACCAGCUCUCUGGAGACCUUUGAUGUAACCGGUGGACCCCCUGUCACCAUGGCAACUGGCACUUUGGAGACCUUUGAUGUAACCAGUGGACCCCCUGUCACCAUGGCAACCGGCUCUCCGCGGAUCCCCAAGGGGACCCAUAGCUCCCCCAUUUCCACGGUAAAAAUACUCAUUGUGACUACGUCAGCGUCCCUCAAAGACACAAGCAGUACCCAACUUUCAGAUCAGGGGACAAAGGGCACCCUGCUGGUGGCUGUGCUUGUGGCCCUGGGGAUGGUCCUUGUCCUCAUGGCCCUACUCCUGCUGUGGCGCCAGCGGCAGAAGAGGAGGACGGGAGCCCUGAUGCUAAGUGGGGGUGGCAAGCGCAACGGGGUGGUGGAUGCCUGGGCUGGGCCGGCCCCGGUGCCCGACGAGGAGGCCCUGAUGGUGAGCCCCUCAGGAGGCUCUGGGGGCGAGAAGGGCCCUGGGGCAUCUGUGGGGGACGGGGCUGGCAGGCAGCCCACCCUCACCACGUUCUUCGACAGGCGCAAGUCUCAGCAGGGCUGCCUGGAGCUGGGGGAGCUGAAGGCCGGCUCAGCCCCGGGCCUGCAGGGGGAGGAGGAGCCGCUGGUGGGCAGCAAGGAUGAUGAGGCUGCAGAGUGCCAGGGAGCCGGGGAGACCGAGGCCCCUCAGUGCUUGUGAGGACCGAGAGCGGAGGCCAGUUCCCACCUUCCAUCUUCUUCCAGUCGUCUUGUCGCCAGCAUGUUCAUCUGAACCCCAUCCAGCUUCUGAACCGCGGGGGUCUUCCCGCCAGCGCCCACCUCGGGUGCCCAGGGCCCUAUACCCACGGGACGCUUCCAGACUGAAUCCAUCACCCUUCCUCAUCCACUCUGACUUCUCCCCACCGCCCUCCCCAUGUUUAGUCCUGCUGAGUCUCCACAGUAAUGAACUUCUGAGAAUGAUGAUUUCUCGGAGGACUCCCCAGGGACCCCAGAGUGUAGGGAGGAGGGUGGAAGCAAACUCCCACCUCAGAUCACUCUGAAAAGUACUUUUCGGCCCCAUAGAUUAGGACAGUCCUGCUGGAUCAGGCCAGGACCCUCCUUUAACUGCGUGCUCUGUGGGGGGGCCCCCUGGAGUCACCCAGCUGUGCUCCCAGGUGUGCCCUUGGCUCACGAUGCCACCCUCCCUCCACCCGAGGACGGAGGCGGCCAGAGGUGGCUGCUGCUACUCCUCCCAAGGGCAAGGGUGAGAAGGGUUUCCGGCCGGUCAAGUUCUCAGAAACCCCGGCGCCUGCGUGGGUCCAGGCAUGGGUGCAGUUGGUGUGCAAGAGGCCGGGCCUUGGCUCUAUGUGUGAAGUUGUGGGGAUGAGUACAGCGGCGUGAGGAGGGGUGGGGAGGAGCGCAGGACGGGCUGUCCGAGGGGCCACCCUGAGGAACUGCUAAGAACAUCGGGCCUCGUCUUUGCUCAGGUGGGGUGGAGGUAGCAGAUUUACUUGUCUGCAGCCCAAUAAAGACGGUGGGGCCUGAGAGAAAGUC